AUGAGGAAGGAGUUUUACCACGUCGAUGUGCAGAAAUUCUUGAAAAAACAUGAUGUUAAUCAAUAUUCCACGUAUUCGACGUCGAAAGCGUCAGUGGUCGAGCGGUUCUCGCACGCUCAAAAACGAUAUGUGGAAGAUAUUUACUCAACGGCAAUUACAAGUGGAUCGAGCUGUCGCGUAUCAGAUUAUAACGCGCGCAAGCAUCGCACUAUUGGCAUGCAACCCGUCGACGUAACUCCCGCGAUCGCCGAAAGAUUCUUGGACACGGUGUACAGCAUGAUAAAAAUCGUUGGUCCGGCAAAAUUCAAAAUAGGUGACUCGGUACGCGUAAGCAAGUACAAGAUGGUUUUCGGGAAGAGUUAUACGCCAAAUUAG